ACUCCUGACACCAACAUGACUGAACGCUUUGACUGCCACUACUGCAAAGAGUCCCUGUUUGGUAAGAAGUACAUCCUGAGGGAGGACAGCCCCUACUGUGUGAACUGCUAUGAAAACCUUUAUUCCAACACCUGCGAGGAAUGCAAAAAACCUAUUGGCGCUGACUGCAAGGAUCUGUCUUACAAGGACCGCCACUGGCAUGAAACCUGCUUCCACUGCUUCCAAUGCAAGAAUUCGUUGGUGGACAAACCUUUUGCUGCAAAAGAGGAACAUCUACUUUGCACUGAUUGCUACUCCAAUGAGUACUCUUCCAAAUGUAAUGAGUGCAAGAAGACUAUUAUGCCAGGUACUCGGAAGAUGGAAUACAAGGGCAACAGCUGGCACGAGACCUGCUUUAUCUGCUACCGCUGCCAGCAGCCUAUUGGGACAAAGAGUUUCAUCCCUAAGGACAAUCAAAACUUUUGCGUGCCCUGCUAUGAAAAGCAGUUUGCCAUGCAGUGCGUCCAGUGCAAGAAGGCUAUCACUACAGGAGGCGUUACCUACCGGGAGCAGCCGUGGCAUAAGGAGUGCUUCGUUUGUACCGGAUGCAAGAAGCAGCUGUCUGGACAACGCUUUACCUCCAGGGAUGAGUUCGCGUAUUGCCUGAGCUGCUUCUGCAACCUCUACGCCAAAAAGUGUGCUGGAUGCACAAACCCCAUCAGUGGACUCGGAGGAACCAAGUACAUCUCCUUUGAAGAACGGCAGUGGCAUAAUGAUUGCUUUAACUGUAAGAAGUGCUCUCUCUCAUUAGUGGGUCGCGGCUUCCUCACAGAAAGGGAUGACAUCCUUUGCCCUGAAUGUGGGAAGGAUAUUUAA